AUGGGCCCAGAGGCUGAUGCGGUGCCGGCAGAGGCCGCGACACCGCAGUCGACCCGCGCCGGAUCCGCUCCAGUGCAGAAGCGCGCCGCGCCCGCGACCGGCGAAGGCCAGCGCAGCAAGCGGGCGAAGUACACGCCUGUCGCUUGCAAUGAGUGCAAGAAGCGGAAGCUGAAGUGCAUCAAGGAGGACCAUCAGACCGUAUGCCGGCGGUGCCUUUCCAACGGCGCCGAGUGCGUCUUCAUCCCCGGGCCUCAGCAGACGCCUCUAAAAGAUAAAGACCGGGAUGCUACUCAUGAGAGGGAGGAACAACAUCCCUCCCAGUACAAGAAUCUCAGCGACGAGGUGGCCGCCCUUCGAGAACAGGUCGCCAGCUUGACAUCCUCUCUUCGCGAGCUCAAUGGCAAAGUUGCUCAUAUCAACACUCGCUCGCCAGCUGCUCUCGGUGGUCCACAGCAUCCUAGCCCUCUCUACGCGAGUGAGUCGAAUCGUCGCCCGAGUGAGCCGAGGGAACCUCAGUUUGUCGGACCAACGAGAUCGGCGUUUAGCCUUCGCAUCGCUGAGACGUCGCUCACCCGCAUGCGAAUUCAAACCGGCGAUGAGGAACCGACGAGCCGAUCUGCUUCGCCGGCUGCAUCCCAGCGAGCACCUUCCGUCAUAUCCGAAGACCAGAUAGCGUCAUCUCACAAAGAUUUGGACUGCCUAUUGACAUUAGAAUUUGAUGAAAUCCUUCGUCUGCUUGACGUUUACUCAGAGGAAAUGGAGUCAGUCUACCCCUUCACCAAUAUCAAAGAUGUCUCAGCGAAUCUACCACACAUACUCUAUUACGCUCGACACCUACAGAAUCCACCGGCGGACCCAAAUGUCCCAGAAGAGGAGCGACCAAAGAUCGAGGAGAAGGAUGUCCAGCUUGCCAAGGUCGCGAUUGCUAUAUCGAUAGUAAUGGAGGCUCAGGGGCAAAAUCCCAUAAGCACGAAGUUGAUUGACUCCGUCGAGCCCGUUGUGUGUCGAGUCUCGGGUGAAGCAUUCAUCGACUUGAAGGAACUGCAGAUCAUGACUAUGCUGAGCCUUUACUGGUUCCACUGUGGUGAGGAGCUUCUAGCAUGGAGGGCUAUCGGCAUUUCCGGCAGAGAAUGCCUCGAGAUUGGCCUCCAUCGACGAGCGAUUCUCCUGGACAAUUUCAAAGAUCCCAGGCAGCGAGAUCUCGCCGUACGAUGCUUCUGGUGCGUCUACGUCUUGGAUCGCCGCUGGAGCUUCGGGACAAGUCUGUCUUUCGGCCUCAUCGACAGGGACAUAGAUCCGGAGUUACCCGAGCCGGGAGAGAACUACCCCUACUUGAGGUGCAUGGUGUCCUACGGCAGGCUUUGCUCCAAAGUAUGGGAGGCACUGCCGCCCUUUGAGUCGCCAUCACAAUUCAUACCCAAGGACACUGUCGCCUUCUUGGACUUCAUGACGCAGAACUGGCUCAACUCCAUCCCGGACGACCUCCGCAUUCGGCAUCCUAGGCUUGGACUCGCACCCCGGACUCAGCCGAGAAGCAUGCAUCGCCUUCGUUCAUUACUCUACCUACGUGGAAAUCACAUGCGAACGCUCAUCCACCGGCAUCAUGUCCUUAGCACUGCAAGCAUCAGGGCCGACAUACAGAGUGCUAAACUAGUCACGGAGAUCGCACUGGAUACCAUACAAGUAUUGACGCACCUCAACGAUACUAGCGAUAUCUAUGCACGACAGCAGCACGCUUUCAACUAUUUCCUGAUGAGCGCACUAGCCGUGAUCCUGCUCGCUCUAGUCAAGGGAUUCUCACGACAUGGGCACGCAAGCCGCAGGCUUUGGAAGACCAUUCGAGGUUUGCUUCCAGGUGUCAAAUCUCUCGGUCUUCGAAGUGAUCCCGAAAAGGCAGAUGCGCCCCAAGCAGGGGAGGACGCGGAACAGAACGCGGCCGAAUCCCGACCGGAUGACCCACACCAAAACCCGGGUCCGGGUGAACGGGACGGAAGGAGGCCGGAGAACAGCGCAUGGGAUGCUUGGGACACAAGUCCGCAGGCGAACAGCUCGAUUCCCGACAUGUUCAACAUGGGGAAUGAUCUGAUGAAUCUUUUCGACGCCUUUGGUCAUGCCAAUGGUGGUCACCCGGCGCCGCCUGAUUUUCCGGUGGGGUUCUUUGGGGUCAAUGAGCAAGGCAUGUCGCUAGGGGAUCCGGAGGAGAUUUCGCGACGUUUUCAGGGAUUGAUUUAA